CACAAGCUAGACUGCUAGACUGCUAGACUGCUAGACUGCUAGGCUGCCUGAUAGAUACACACUCGGCCGCUAUUGCUUUUGGGACAUGGGCACUACAAACUACCAACCACUACCACUACAACCACCACUCCCUCCUCUACUGUGCCGCCUUCUCCUCUCCUUCUUUCUUCUUUCUUUCUUUCUUCUUUCUUUCUUUCUUCUUCUUCUUCUUCUUCUUCUUCCCUUCCUCUUCCCCUCUCCCUUCUUCACUACAUAUUCCUCCCUCCUCCUCCGCAGCGUCAUCUCCGCGAUUCCCCCGGUCGCCGUCGCUUACUCCGCACGCGCUCCGUCUGCGUCCAAGGUGCGGGGGCCCAGCUUAUCGCUUGCUUGCUUAACCUAAACAUUUCGCGACAACUACACAUCCACCCUAUCCGACCCUCGACCUGCCAUGCGCCCCAAUGACCGGCCUCAAGCGCUCCUUGGAGGAGUCUACUCAUGACGGCGACGCUACCUCCCCACAAGAUGCUCCCAACGUGAAGCCCGUCUCGCCCGCCGCCUCCUCCGCCUCGAAUUCCUCCGCUUCCUCCUUCCGCAACGUGAGCGCCUGCAACCGCUGUCGCCUGCGCAAGAACCGCUGCGACCAGCGCCUCCCGUCCUGCGCAUCAUGCGACAAAGCAAGUGUCAAGUGCGUUGGGUACGAUCCCAUCACUAAGAGGGAAAUUCCGCGAAGUUAUGUAUAUUAUCUUGAAACCCGUGUCACAUAUCUCGAAUCUCUGUUGAAGGAAAAGGAUAUCGCGUUCUCCGCUGCCGAGGAGUUCAACCCGAGCUUCGAGGGUACCAAUGGAUCUACGUCAAAUACAAACUACAAUGGAUCCGCGCCGGCUCGCAAUGGCACUGCAAGGGCAGCGUCGAGCUCCACGAAGGAAGAAAAUGAAAGAUAUGAUCGCGAAAAGCUCACGAAGUUGGUUUCAAAUAUAGGCAUGGUAUCCGUGCAGGGUGCGAGCGAUCCCAGAUUCUUGGGGUCAACUUCUGGCAUUUCGUUUGCGCGAGUUGUCUUUGCUGCCGUCAAAAGCUCAGUGUCGGGCGGUUCCUCGGAGCGAGGGAGCGUGCGAGGAAACAAAUCAUUGACGGGCAAUGUGGCAGAUGGGGGAACCUCCAUGAGGGAAACUUUCUUUGGGCUCCACACCAAGCCUACCAUACAGCCGGCGCCCUUCCCAGACCGUGAACUCGGAACCCGUCUUGUUGAAUUGUAUUUCGAACACGCAAACCCGCAGAUUCCAAUAUUGCACCGCGGCGAAUUUAUGGAGAUGUUUGAGCGUGUGUACACCUCAGGUGAACGAAGUAGGACAUCACGCGAGUCCUACAUGCUCAACAUCGUAUUUGCGAUCGGUGCGGGUAUUAUUCUGGGCAGUUCCGACACAGAGGAAUCCCCGAGCUCGGAUGCGGGUAACUCUCCCAAGAGAUCGAGAGGCUCAUCUCCGAGUAACAAGAAGCGGCGAGUUGCAGGACAGCAACACCAACCCGAAGAAUAUCACGCGUCGGCCAUCGUCCACCUUGAGAAUUUCCUUGGAUCUUCACCAGCGGCAGACCGGCCUGAUGGAUUUGGUGGUGGGCUUGAAGAGUUACAAGCCGUUCUCCUACUUGCAGGGUUUGCACUAUUAAGGCCCGUUGCGCCCGGUCUGUGGUACAUCGUUGGUGUUGCAGUGCGCCUAGGUGUCGAUCUUGGUCUUCACUACGAAGACGGUGUAGGAAUCGAUGGCUCAGGAUCGGAGGAUCAACCUAGUUCGCAACAUGAAGCAAAAGACCAUGCUGGUUCUGCAGCAACCAGUAGCAGGAAGAUCGAUGCUAAAGAGAGGGGCCGUAGACAAUGGGUGCGAGAUCUUCGGAGAAGGUUAUGGUGGUGCGUCUAUUCUCUCGACAGGCUCGUCUCCACCUGUGUAGGAAGGCCCUUUGGUAUCACAGAUCAGGUCGUAACGACCGAGUUCCCGUCGUUACUUGACGAUCGUUUCAUCACGAAAGAAGGAUUUAUUGAAUCCCGCAACCACCCGAAAUUUCCAAGCUACAAGAUAGUUGCACAUCAUUACUUCAGGCUCAGGCUGUUACAGUCAGAAAUUUUGCAAGUACUACAGCAUCGGCAAGCACAGCAAGCAAGGGCGAGUGGGGCCAACCAGGGCAACGACUACAUGCACACAAAGCUACCCUCCCCCUUUCUGACGAAUUUCGAUUCUUUUCGUGCAUGGCGUGUGGACAUCGACAAGCGUCUGCUAGAAUGGAGGGAUUCAGCACCAACGCAGCAGGAUGCAGGCGUUCAAUUCUCGCCACUCUUCCUCGAACUCAACUACUGGCAGGCCAUCAUAAUGUUGUACAGACAGAGUCUAGCAGUACCCUCGGGAUUGGCUAACGAGCUUGGUGAAACCGAUGGAAAUAUUGGAAGUCCUUCAUUAACGAACGUUGAGGAAAGAGAGGACGAGGAGCUCGUCUUUCUGAAAGUUGCUGAGGCGGGACAAAAGGUCCUCAAACUCUACCGCCAGCUGCACCGUGUCCGUCUCGUGAAUUAUACCUUCCUGGCAACACAUCAUCUUUUCAUGGCUGGAAUAUCCUUCCUCUACGCGGUUUGGCAUUCUCCUAUAGUCCGCAGUCAUUUGUCUCUGGACGACGUCGACUUUACCGUACUAGCCGCGACAUCCGUUUUAGGCGACCUCAUCGAGAAAUGUCCUCCAGCCGAAGCAUGUCGUGAUGCCUUUGACCGUAUGAGCAAAGCCACCAUAUCCAUGUGUAUGUCUUCGGGAGGUUUUGGGCCCUCGGCACUCCGCGCAUUACCACAAAACCAUGCCCACACCCAAAAGGCCCAUCCAAGCAAUGCUACAUUCAUGCCUGCAUCAGAUGCAGGCGCAAGGCAGGAUACCGAGAUGACGGGAUUCCCGGCCAACACAUACUUUACUCAUCACAACAAACGAGCAAUACCCAAAUUCGACAUGAAUCUCAGGGAUCUUUUCUCCGAGGAUGAGACCGAUAAACGGUCGUUUAGUCGAAUAUCUAAUCAGAUCAACAGCAUGCGGCCUCCGCCUCCACCGCAUCAGGCCAUCAAGCAGGAGCCGAUGCAGAUGCAACCAUUGAAAGGCGAUGCAACGAUGUCGCCACCACUACCUAACCACUCCCACCAACAGCAACAUCAACAUCAACGCCAGCAGCAGCAGCAGCAGCAACAGCAGCAACAAGCGUACUUCGACCCCAACAUGCAAUCCAUGCCCACAUCCACCACUCCGCCCAUCUCUCAAGCUCAAAUGACAUCCCCAUAUCAAGUCACAAACACUCUCCCAUACAACACCUUUUCCCAACAAGUCGCAUCCGCAUACCCGGACCUUGGAUUCUCCGAGCUCGACUUCCUGGAUUCGUUCCCAGUCUCCAAUCAGGCCGGGGCGACUCUCGGACAGGGGCAAGGAGGCAACUACAACGCCGCCGUGAGCGACGCAGUGGGCGGUCUCCAAGAUCUAGGAUUCGGCAUGGGAUUCGCAGAUGGGACGCACGACUGGGCCGACGGGAACGGCUUCGAUCUCUUCGAUGGAUUCUUUUUCGGUCCGGGGGGUGGCAAUGGUGCUUAGAGAGAGGGAGAAAAAACAACUUGAAAGCAUUACGAUCACGAUCCUUGCGUGGUUACCUUGCCACCACUCCACCACCACUGUCCGGAGGAGUACAAACACCCUCUACGUACAUAUAUCAAACACAUACAUGCAGGAAAGGCUUGCAUACGAGUGGGGGUGGAGUCAAGUAAGGAACGAUCACCAGAACGCGUGGGGUAGUCGCCACACACCCUCUUGAGUCUCACACCCUCACACAACACACAAACCUCGAUGCGAGGCAAGAAGAAGGAGGGAAAAAAGCAAGUAAAAAGAAGGAGGACACGCAAAGCGAUCGCGAUUGGAUGAUUCCGGCACCCCGUCCAAUCGGCUGUUUAUACCACAGAUAUGCAUGCCUUUUUCCCAGUGCCUCUCCAACCCGACCCUGUAGAUAAG